CAUCUUCACCUGUUAGAGGUUUAAGACAGGAAGAAGUUCAACAACGGAGACAUGAUUAUCCUAACGGGUCUACUGACCCUUCUGGUGUUUACAAUUGUAGAAGGGGACGGCAUUAAAGGAGGUGUUAAAACAGUACAAGAAAAAGUAACGCAGGAUGAGAUCGUACCCUCUCCCUACUCUUUCAACGUAAAGACAGGAGCAGCUUAUGGCACAAAAGUCACCCAAGAGGAGGUUGGAGAUGCUCAAGGACGAGUCAAAGGUUCCUAUAGCAUUGCUAGUCCCAGAGGUGUUUCCAGAGUCGUCGAAUACCACGCCGACGAUUCUGGUUUUCAUGCCAGUGUGAAAAGUUCAGAGCCGAAUAUAAAGACGCACAGUCCUGCGAAUGCCCACAUCGAAGCCUUGACAAAAAAAGGAGCAAUUGAAGCAAUACGAGAUGCUGCUGAAGACACAAUUGAUCAUGCUGGAAAAGCACAUGCUUUACCUGCACUGCAUCAUACAGCAGUUCUUCCACAGAGUCAGGAGAAAAUUCAGGAAAAAGUUCUUCUAGAACCAGAGCCUAGUGGUGUUAAAACAUCUGAUCCUCUGAAGGUGACAACAACCAUACUUCAGGCUGGUGAAAUAAAAUCCAUAGCGUCUCCGUCAGCUGAAAUAAAACAAAGCAGUAUUAAGAGUGUAGUUGCAGAAAGCUCAGGAGUGAAACAAAGUGGCGUGAAAACAAUAAAUGUUCCAAAAUCAGGAGUUAAAAGCUCUCAACCUGCAGGUGAUUCUGGAAUAAAAAGAGGCUUGUCGUCUCAACAUCAACAAUUUCUUCAUCCAUCUUCCAUUAGUUCAAGUACUGCAAAGAAAACUGGGGGCUCUAGUUCUGGCGCUGUACUCUUUAGCUUGGGUGAUGUGAGAAAAGAAAUCCCAAAAGUAAACCCAGGACAACAGCGUGAAAGCCUCAACAUUCAAGCUCAGACUUUCAAAAAUCCAAGCGGAGGUUCAACAGCUAAUCCUCAAAGUGAACUCGUAGGUGGAAACAGAAAUAUUAUUCUGGAUGAAGAUAUAAUUAAGAAAUUGGGAUUAACUUCAGAUGAUUCAGGACACUACAUUGUUUUGCCUCCUGGAUUAGCAAAUAUUGCUGGUAGCGGACUGGAGGAUAAAAUAAGAAUCGCUGGGCAUGGAUUAAAUCAAGGCAUACAAUUGCACAGUAGUAGCGAAAAGCUAAUACAAAAGAAUGCAGGAGGAAGUGGAAGCAUUUCUAGAGCUUCUCCAGAAAUAAAACCAGUACUGAGAUCACAGACUGCAAUUUCACGCCAAACUACGAGAGACCAGAUUCGAAAAUUACCCACAGUACGAAGACAAUCUAGUUUGCAAGCAACUGGAGGUUUGACUUCAGGCACAGCCCCUAGAAAUAUAGGGCAAAUACCUAGACAAAGAAGUUCAAAUCAGAUUGGCGCUCAAGGAGCAGGUAUUCGUCUUCUGACUUCAGGCGGCAAAUAUGAUUCACCAGUGGUUCCCGUUUUACCGAAGGAUAAACUAGUUUCACCAGUUGCAGGUUUACCAGGAUCUAUUAGGCCCAAGGCUCCAUUUGAUAGAGUUUUAAAUCAAGUAAGCAGUUCUGCAGCUUCCUCGGGAAGCCUACAGACGGCUAGAACUCUUUCAACAACGUUAAGAGGCCCAAAUUUGCAAAAACAAAUUUCAGCAGGAAGAACAGCAAUCACUGCAAGCCGCUUAACAGGCAUUGAAAGUGGAUCGGCUGAUUCUAAAUCGGGUGGUAUUUAUUUUGUUCUAGGUGACAAUUUGCAACAGCAGAAACCACCAGCAGCAGGUCUAACGUCAUCAGGUAUAACACAGUCUGCAGCAAAACCACAGAUAAUAUCCGGCAUUCAGAGGCCAGAAAUAGUGUUUUCAGCAGGAGUACCUGAGACAUUUCAACCACAGAUAUCCCCGGCAGUCAGUCAGAGAUUGACAGGAAUACGUACCUCUCAAUUUCAGGUAAGCCAAAGAGUUUCGGGAUCACCCGCUUCAAAUUCACCGUUAAGUUAUCAACAAGCUGUUAGAAGUUCAUCGACGUUAGGUAGAAGAACAUCUGUACGAACUAUAUCUAGAUCACCUGGACAAACAUUAUCCGUCAUAGGGGGUCCAGAAAUUGUGUCUACAGGAGGCGGAUCUGCAGAAAGUCGAAGUGAAAAGCAGUUUGGGGUAAGACAAAGUUUUACUGGAGCACGUCGUUCUCAGAUUUCGUUGAGUCAGGUAUCUCCCGGUGUUAUUCCUCAACAAAUAACAUCAUACAAACAAGAAACUAGAAGUUCUGUAGGCUUAGACAACAGAGUGUUUAAGUCUCCUCAAGGGAUUUCUAGUCAGUCAGUAUCGGGUGUCGGUGGUUCUCAACUUUUGUUCAGGCCAGCAGUAUCAGGCGCAAGUCUUUCCCAAGGCAAACCUGGUGUGAGCCAAAAGAGCAACAGGCAUACACGGUUCUGAAUUAUUAUUGGGGCAGAUAAUACCUGGUGCUCCUAUAAGUCAAGUUUUAGCCUCAAACCAACAAGCAGCUAGAAGUUCAGCGUCUUUGGGUCAAACAAGAUCAGACGUAACUAUUGGAAAGAGGCUUGAUGUAGCAGAUAA